UACCGUAGUAUUUACCGAGCUAAACAGGAAACCCGGAAUUGAAAAUCCCGAUACACUAUCACCCAGCAAUGUUACAUGCUGGUGAAACAUGUUUCCCGAUUCUAUCAAACACUGACCACACACGCAGCCCACACGCAAACACGUUGGGCGUGAGGUGAGACCUUUUGGGUUCAAACCAAACACCACAUCCUGUUUUCGUCGUCGAUAGUCAGCAGCAGCAGCAGCAGCAUGUCGAACGUCGUUCUGUGGUUAACGUUGCUGGUGGCGCCCGUUGCUCAUACCAAAUUCGUGGUAGAUUUGCACAAAUCUUUCAGACCGUGCGAUCACCAGAAAGCUUCGUUUCCGCUGGAUUUAUCGGACUUCCGGAUAUUCCUCUCGGAAGAUGACGAUAUGACGGUGGAUGGGACGUUUGUCAUUGCUAAAGAUUUGCGUCCACCGCUUGGCUUUGCCUUCUACUCGCAAAAGCAGGAACACGGUGAGUGGAUGCCGAUGCCUUACGGUAAACGGGUACUGGACCUGUGUGCGAUUCUGCUGUCCAGCACGGAUGUUUGGCACCCGAUAACGAGCCACAUGAACCAAACCCGCUGUCCUUACAAGACAGGCCAUACCGAGCACUUCCAUAUGCUAAAAACGGGACUAUUUGGCUUCGAAGAGUAUCUGCAAGAGUUUACCGGCGAAUGGCGAGUAUUCGUAGAGCUUACGAUAACAAGAGUGCCACCGUUGGUAGAGGUCGAGGAGCAGCAGCCAUUAACGGUGUUUAGCCAUUAA